AUGCACAAUGCUGGCACACAGCCUGACCCUGGGAGGCAUGACGGAUCCGAAUUAAACCCUUCCUUGGUCCCAGAGAGAAGAUUAAGCCGGAGGGACACUCAGAGAAGAAGAAAAUCCUCGAGGGAGUCGAAAAAAUUACAGAAACCCGAGAGGCAAAGGGCUUACAGUUUUUCUCCUGGUCGAAACGAUAGCAUUCGCGUGCCUAGAGACGCGCAUAGACCUCCCGUUCCUCCCUUACCUGCGAAUGUUCGAAACGGAGAAGAAACAAUAAUUGGCGUUACAGGUCAACAGGGCGAGAAUUUAAUGGACUGCGAGAGGGUGCCAACACUACACAAAAGAGGUGCCGCGGAACUUUCAAGACGGAAGUCGAGUAAGAAACGCAAGGAGGAUCAUAAUAGAGAGGAGGAACUCAAAGCAAUGGUUUCUUUUAUGCCCCAUAGACCGGCCGUCGAUGCCUCAUCUUCUGGUCGUCCCAUGAAGAAGGACAGUAAGAGAAUGCGCAACGGAUUGAAAGGAAAUUUACAGAACCCUCAUUCUGAUAUUUCAUUACCAACGGCCGAAUCGAUGCUCUCUUCAGUAUCCUCGAAUUCCGAACGUCAAAGAUCUUGGAGAAUAUCCGCAUUGGAUGCAUUGGCACCUCGGCCUACAAUUCGACAUUCUGAAAAUCCUCGAUAUGCGCCAGGUGUAACCGGUUUUGGCUCGGAUAUAUCCGAAUCCCAGAGAAGGCGUGUUUCGGACCGUAUACACAUUCCAGAAGAAGUUUUAAAAGCGAAUAAGAGAAUUGAUGAACUCGCUGAUGAUCUGGAUGCGCGAGAGCUACGGGAGCUCAUGGAAAGAGAUCAAAAGAGACAAGAAAAGAAGAAGAUGGCUGAGAGGUUGAAGGCAGAGCGAAGGUUAACAAGAAAGCAAGAGAAACAAAAGGCCGAUGAAGCUGCCGCGGCUCGAUAUGGCACGCCGCCGCCGGAUAAUAUGGAGAGAGGGGUUCUUGGAAGAGAAGUAGUAGGCUUGGGUAUUGGAACUUCGGCGGUUACAACAUCAAGCAAAAGGAGAGGCUCAGAUACUUGGGAUACUGGCAGAGGAAAGCGACCCGCGGAUGCCUUUCUCAGCGAUUCUGUCGCGCACGAAACACCAUUCGCCGACGAGAACUUAACCACUUCUCCAGAACGUGCUGAACCAUUCUUGGGAACUGCGGAGGUUGGUACUAUUGGCAAAGCUAACAUUUCACCACCUGCUUCACCACGAGCCUAUAACCGAGGACCAUCAAACAUGUCACAAGUGAUGAACUUGGAUAAAUCCAGGACUCCUUCCCCAUCAAAAAAGCAGCGAAUAGAAACAGAAUCUGUCAAGCAGCCUGCAGAGGCCAAAACCUCUCAAUCAUGGACAUCAUUCUUCAGGAGAAAUAAAAGACUCAGUAGAGCUUCUACGCCAUCCUUCUCCAACACUUCGCGGGAAACAGUACAAACUGGGCCACCACCGCAUUUGGCAUAUGCACCAAUGGUUAGGCAAACAUCAAAUAUUCCCAAACGAACAAUGUCAAAAUUCAGGGAGGACUUACCGGAACUUCCAAUCUCACCACCAGAUUCCCGAGUUCAAUCUCCUGAGGCUGAUGUCGUACCACCGAUACGAACAGAUUAUCCAGAUAAGAGAACUAGUUUACGAAGAUCCCUAGAAGAGCAAAGGAGACACGAUACUCCAAUCAGUGCUAUGCGUUUACGAGAUGGCACUCCUACUAGCGGCCACAGAUCAACAGAUAUACCCUCACCUGAACCACCUACCCUUCUUUCACAAUCCCUUGCAUCAAUAGAUUCUGAAGGAUCAUGGCUUUCGGGAAAGAGAACUACUUCUAAACGAGGAUCUGCACAGAUGACAUUGGCACCAUUAAGGGAUUCUGCAAGCUCAUUACAACAGCGAUACAAGGAAUUGUCGGAAUCUUCCGAAGAGCUUGGAAUUGCCGAAGACGAAUACUUUAGUCGCAUUACCCCAGGUCCCGAGGAGGAGAAUACGAUGAAGCGUCAAUCUAACGGCCUUCCCAUGGCUUCUAGUUAUGAGGAAGAUGGACGUAGUAUCAAGCAAAACCCAAUUCCGGAAGAGAAGACAAAAUGGGGAGCAGUAGCAAGACAUCCUACUGUGGUUCACCGUGAAAGAGCAAAAUCUCGCGAGGGACUUGUGGACGAAAGUGCUGAAGGUUCUCCGAAUUACCGAAGAAGCAUCAGUUGUCAGGCUGAAUUCGUCAACGAGGAUAGCCCUGAUUUCAGCUAA